AUGUUUCUCAAAACUUGUAUUGGCCUAAUUAUUAUUGGAAUCGGCCUAUCCAAUGGAGCGUCUGUUGGGCCGAGUGUUCGCCACUUUCGAGAUCUGGUCCCCACUCGAAACGGGCCAGGGCCGACUACAAUGCUGAAAGCGAAAGCGAAAGCGAUGUGCCGCAACUUUCAUCACUUCAAAACGGACACCGCCCAUUUUUCGAAGGCCCGUCGCCACGUGUUUGUCGAGGCCGAGUUUCGGCUGUGCGACGUCGAGAAUCGACCGAUCGCCGAACAGACCCUUGAAUGCGUUGUCAACACGUUCAAGAACGCCUCGAAGCCACCGCCCGAAUGCGAGCCGGUCGUUAAUCUCGAACUGACUGCGCCGUGCAGUGACAAGACGGCGGGAUUGAUGUUCAACUGCACCAUUGGGGGGCUUGCCAAGAAAUGCGGCCUCCCGCAAGAAGGCGAGGGGAACUUGGACCGGAUGAUUGAUAUUGUUUACUUUUUCGAGACUCAGCUUCUUAUGAAGCCAUUCAAAAACGACACUUGUGGUUGGAAGUUCAUGCAGGCAACCGAAGGCGGUCGAAAAGGCUUCGAGCUGAUGACCAUGAUGACCGACAUCUUCAGGGGUGAAUAUAUCAAGAAA